AUCUCUCCGACGAGCUCUCGCUUCCUCCAGCCUCACAGACUGCAGCGUAGCAAGGCUAGCAGGGAUGCGUCUACGCAGCAGCGGCCCUAUAGACGGGGAUGCCAGCCUCGAGAGCAAGCCUGUGGUCGUGAAGGUGGAGGUGGAGGAGCCCUUGCGACCUUCUCGACGUCGCGUUAGGCUUAAGACCGAGGAAUCUGUCGGCGUGAAGCGAGAGAAGGUGGAAAAGGUGGAGCAGGACGCUGCACCCAAGAAGAGAGCCAAGAAGGCAAAGGAAUCCAAGACGCGCGUGCCUCGCCAAGAGCCAAGCGGCUGGAGGGAAAUUCUGAAAGGGAUCGAGGAGAUGCGGGCGAACAAGGACGCAGAGGUGGACAAGUAUGGCUGUGAGGUAUUCUUCGACGAGAGCUUUCCGCCGCAUGUUUGUCGCUUCCACGUGCUCAUAGCGGCGAUGAUGAGCAGUCAAACGAAAGACCCGGUGAACGCCGCGGCAAUGGGCUGCCUCAUUAAGCACGGGUUGACGAUAGAGUCGAUGCUUGAGAUCGACCAGCAGGAGCUGGCACAGCUGAUUCGACCUGUUGGUUUCUUCAACCACAAGGCAAAGUACAUCAAGCAGACUGCUGCGAUCUUGACCAAGCAGGCUGAAGUUGAGGGUAAAGAUGUUGUCGAUAUCCCGAGCACGUACGAGGGGCUCAUUGCACUGCCCGGAGUCGGACCGAAGAUGGCGACGCUUGUCAUGAACUGCGCGUGGAAUAAUACUGUGGGAAUUUGUGUUGACACGCAUGUGCAUCGGAUUUCCAAUCGACUCAAGUGGGUGAAAACAUGGAACAAGAACAACCCAAAGUCGCAGGACCCAGAGAAAACGCGAGCGGUACAUGAGAUAGAUUGGUUUUGGUAA